AUACGUAAAAGAAAACGAGAAAAAAAAAGAUAGGUGAUCCGUAGCCGCAACCCCUUCGUCGGCGUCCACUCCCUCCGGUGAUGCCGCCGGCGCACUCCAAUGGAGGAGAGGCGCGCGGCGGCGUUAGCGGUUGCGACAACCGCUAUUCUACACCAAUCGCCUCCAUCCCCACCACCCCCAAUCACACCACGCUGGCGCGGCGCCGGCUGCUGGCUGCUGGCUGCCGUCUGACAAGUAGGGAUUGCCGCCGCCGACGGAAGGGGGGGGGGGGGGGUUCAGAGCUCCCGUCUUCCAGCACGCGUGCGCGCAUGCAGGGCGGCUCCGCCGUACCAAGCCUCGCAGUCGCAGGGCCAUGGCCCCAUCCGUCCAACUUGGAGGAGGACACGAGACUUGGACAUGAACCAAUCCUUUUUUCAUCCAGAAACCAAGAGAACUAAUGCUGGGGUGAGGAGAGACCUAGGAGCACUACCUAGAGGAUAUGGGAAGGAACUCAAGAUUGCAGUGCCAUGGAAACCAGGUUUUAAAGCUUUUCUGAAUGUAACUGACAGAAGUGUCGGUGGCUAUUGCAUUGAUGUAUUUGAGGCUGCCGUGAAGAAGUUACCACACCAUCUGAGUUAUAAGUUUGUUGUCUUCAACGGUUCUUAUGACGAGCUAGUACAGCGUGUGUCUUCAGGGAACUAUGAUGCAGCAGUGGGGGAUGUAACAAUAACUGCCGAGCGAACCAUCCAUGCAGACUUCACGAUGCCAUACACAGAGUCUGGUGUGUCAAUGCUUGUACUCAUGGAGAAUGACUCUAAAUCAACAAUCGAAUGGGUAUUCUUGAAGCCACUAACAAGGGAGCUUUGGGUUGCCACUGUGAUCUUCUUCUUAUUCACCGGCAUAGUUAUUUGGAUGAUUGAACGUCCCAGAAAUCUGGAGUACCAAGGAUCAAGCUCAAGACAGUUCAGCACUGCUCUCUAUUUCUCUUUCUCCACUUUGACAUUUUCUCAUGGUCACAUUAUUAAAAGUCCUUUGUCAAAAAUUGUUGUGGUAAUCUGGUGCUUCGUGGUGCUGGUUCUUGUGCAGAGCUACACAGCUAGCUUGUCAUCCAUACUAACUGCGAAGAAGCUCCGGCCCUCGGAGACAGAUCUUGAACAGAUCCUGUUUGAUGGUGAUUAUGUUGGAUACCAACGGGGAUCCUUUGUGGAAUCCUUUUUGAUAAAACAAGGUUUCAGUAAAAGAAGGCUAAGACCCUACACAAAGAAACAAGAAUAUGCUGAAGCUUUGAGGAAGGGGUCCAUGAAUGGAGGUGUGUCUGCUAUUGUCGAUGAGAUCCCAUAUUUAACCUCUUUUCUUUCGGACCGUCGUUACGAGAAAGAAUUCCAGAUGCUUAGCCGCAUAUAUAAGACGCCUGGAUUUGGUUUUGCGUUUCCUCCUGGUUUUCCAUUGGUGCAUAAUCUUUCAACUGCCAUAUUGGAUGUUACGGGUGGGGAUGAAGGUUCACGGAUCGAAGCAAAAUGGUUUGGCACAACGGCUGCCCCUCCAAGCUAUGCAAUUCCUAACACAGAUUCGACACCUCUUACAUUGCAGAGUUUCUCUGGUCUUUUCAUCAUCACUGGAUGUAUCUCAGCUCUCAUGCUGAUGAUAAGCAUUUCUAAGUCAGUUCUUGCCAAUUACACCAGAAUUAGAGAUUCUGAAGUGCGAAGUCCCGAUGCGGAUGGUGGAAAUGGAGGUCGCGAAGAACGUAACUCAGCACAAAACGUCAUGGGUGAUGGCUAUGUGGAUGAUCGACCUCACCAUGAAAUCAGAAUUGACAGUUCCCAGGAUAUCCAUGGGAGUGUCGAACGUGCUGACGGCGAAGAGCCUGGACCAAUUCAGAAUGGCUCUGUGCCUGCAAAUUCCAGCCAGACCGGAUGAAUACUGACAAAAAGAUGUUGACACUGUCACACGGAGCGUGCUCUGGAACUUCGAAAAUAAGAAUGACUCGUCUCUUCAUUUUUUGUAGGUGUUUGCCAAUAUGCUGUAGAAAUUAAUGCAGGAAGGCCGUGGAUUAGAUCGUUCUGUACAUAUUUUAGUAAUUGAUCAUGUCAAUAUUUAAUUAUUUAUCAUUUGAAAUUAUUGUUCUCUACCAACCGUUUAGACUGUAAUAAUCAUUUCUAUUUUGCGAAGGCAAUGUAUAUACUCUUGUAUUACUAGUGCGUGUGUGAAAAAAAAACACACCUUAGAUUUUUUUUUUUUUGAAACGAACCUUUAUUUGGUCAAUUGUAAGCUGCGCUAAAACUCUAGAUUGACACUAACUAUAUCACAUUCAUGCUGAAUGAUGUUCACUUGAUGUUUU